CCCAUUUGGCUUUCCAAAUUGCUGUUUGACCAAGCUGAUCUGAAAAUUAAGUGCUAGCUAGCUAGUAUAAGUUUCGAAAGAGCUUAUAGUAAAUCUUGAAAGCAUUUCUCUCCCACUGAGUAAUUGAAAGUAAUGGCUUAUCCUGCAGUGAACUCUUUAAUUCAAACUUUGGAGCUAUUCCAAAAGACUUAUCCAGCAUUGAUCCAUGGUCAAACUGCAGAGAUGAUUGACUCUCUCCAUGCCAGUGCUGAAUAUUUUCAAAAUAUUCUUGAGAACGCUAGCCACCAGAAACAGGAAUAUGAUACAUUCAAAUAUUUUGAGGCAGAGAUAAGAUCAGCGAUGCACCAAGCUGAAGAUGUGCUUGAAUCAAAUGUUGCGGAAAUUAUGAGAGAAUGAUGGAGGCAACAAGAAGAGAAUAAUAUUGACGAGACUUUUCAGGAUGAAGUAGGGGUUCUUCUUCGAGUCUUGCCUCAAGCGGUAGACAAGAUUGAUGCUGUAAAGAAAUAGGUGAGGCGGAUUAACUCCUUCUCCACUGAAACCUAUGCUCGUUGCCUUGGCCCCCCUGAUGAUGAGGAUCAUUUCUUCAAAAAGGGACAUUCUCUGGUAGCUGGUUCUUCUUCAAACCUUGCUCCUACUUCCCUUCUAGGUGAUGAUGAUGAUGAUGAUGAUACAGUCGGUUUGGCGAAUUCCUUGAGAAAACUCACUGAUGCACUACUUGGAUUAGCUUCUGAGCAGAACGUCAUUCCUAUUUUGGGAAUGGGUGGAUGUGGCAAUACCACACUUGCUAAAAAGGCUCAAGAUGAUCAAUCAAUUAGAUCACAUUUUGACAUCCAAACGUGGGUUACUAUAUCUCAAGAAUAUCACUUAAACGAAGUGUUGCCAAGCCUUGCACGUAGCCUUACAGGAUACGAGUUUCAGGGAAUGAGUGAUGACCAGUUAAUGGACCAGUCAUAUAAAGCACUUAAGGGUCGGAAGUAUCUUAUCGUAGUUGAUGAUAUUUGGAGUACAAAGAUUUGGGAUUUGAUUGCGAGAACCCUUCCUGAUGACAAUAAUGGAAGUCGAAUCAUUCUGACUACGAGGCUAAAAGAUGUGGCUGAGUAUGCUAACCCUGAUAUCCCUCCUCUUGAAGUGCUGCCGUUAGGGGUAGAUGAGAGUUGGAAGUUACUUCAGAAUAAGUUGUUGGGGAAAAGCCACAUUAAUUGUCAUUCUGAAUUAGAAGAUAUCGGGAAGAAAAUAGUACAAAAAUGCCAGGGACUGCCUCUAGCAAUUUUGGUGGUUGCUGGGCAUCUCUCUAGGAUUUCCCCAAAAAGGGAAAACUGGGUAACUGUAUCUGAAAAUGUGAAUGAAGUUGUUACAAGUUAUCCGAAUGAAUGCAUAGCAGUGCUUGCGAUCAGUUACCAUCACCUGCCUAUUCACCUCAAACCUUGUUUCCUCCAUAUGGGAGCAUUCCCUGAGGAUUCUGAGAUUGAUGCUUGGCGGUUAAUUCGUCUGUGGGUUGCAGAGGGUUUUCUGAAGAGGGAUAAGCUGAGAAGCCUGGAAAAAGUGGCAGAGGAUUGUUUGGAAGAUCUGGCUAGCAGAAAUUUAAUAAUGGUCAAAAGGGGGAAACUCAAUGGCCGGAUCAAAAAUUUGCCGUAUGCAUGACUUGUUGGGGAUGUGAGCGCUUCCGGAUGUGUUUAGAACUAAUCAAAUUCCUAAUUUUCAUUAUGAGACUCCUCGCUUUAGUUUGCAUACACGCAUUUCAGGGGAAAACUUUACCAAGUCAGCAAAAUUUUUGCGUUGCUUGUAUCUUUUCAAGGAACCUCAUAAAACAAUAGGAAAACCAUUGGAAUUCAAAGCUUUGAGGGUGUUGGCUGCCAUUCCUAGGUAUCAUUUCAUCUUCAGGCGUCGCAUGACCUUAGAUUCAGCUAUCUUGAGAUUCACAUAGACAAUCAUUUUACUGAAUCACUUGAAUAUAUGCAUAACCUGCAAACCUUUAGUUUUGUUCAUCACAAUCUGGAGUGGCGUGGAAUUUUAACUUUACCUAACCAUAUCUGGAAUAUGAAGCAGCUGAGGCAUCUCCGUCUACAUGGUAGCACUUAUUUGCCCAACCCAUAUGUGGUAGACGAGUUGGGUCUGCAACAUCUGCAGGAGCUUUCCAGUCUCUGUCUUGCUAGCUGUACAAAAGAGGUAUUUCUUGGCCUUCCUCAUCUAAAGAAAUUACGUAUCUAUGAUAUCGGGGAAAAAUACAAAGCAUUAGAGGAAACAUGUUGGAGCCUGCUCUACUUGAAUAAACUCCGAGUAUUAGAGUGUUCCUUUGAUGAAGGGAACUCUCUCUGGCUAAAUGUUGUUUCCCAAUAUCGCUAAAGAGAUUGACCCUAUCUGGAAGUUGGCUUCCCUGGGAAGACAUGGCAAAUCUUGCCAAGUUACCAAAUCUCCAACUACUCAAACUUAGAUGUCAUGCAUUCAGAGGUGAGGUAUGGAAAUUAAAGGAGGAAGAUGAGUUCAAGCAGCUAAAGUUCCUUCUACUUGAUGACACAGAGACACAACUCUGGGAGGCUACCAAUGUUAACUUUCCAAAUCUUCAACGCCUCGUAUUGGAGAAAAUCAAGAUUCUUAGGCGAAUUCCUAUAGCCUUUGCAGAUACAUACACCUUGGAGUCAAUUGAGUUGUAUAAAUGCGGUCUAAUUGUGGAUUCAGCCAGAGAAAUUCAGGAGGAAGUAGCUGCCAUGGCGGGAAGUGAUUGUCUUGCUCUUCGCAUAUAUAUAUAUGAAGAUCUCUACGAUUACGUCAAAGAACGCGUUUGAAUUCCGUCUAGUACCAGGAAUUAAGCUGUAUUUUCCAAGAUCCAAGAAGCAGUUCACUGAAACGAUUUCACAGACUAGUUUCUUUAUAUUACUUAAUUCUUUGUGCUGAUACUACAUGUAAUAUUCUAAUUAGCUGUAAAUAGUAAUUUGAUCCUUCUUUCUCUUUUUACAUUUUUCUUAUUACUGUUUCUAAAAUUCUCCUUUUUUUCCCGUUCUUAGCCUAAAACUCCUAUAUAGAGUUCA